UUUCCUCUCGUCUGCUUAGCAGAAGGCCCUCAUAUAUUCUCUCAACCCCAGGCAUUCCCUGAAUCUGUAAUUCAUCGACAUGGAAGCCGUUGCUAACGUUAACGCCACAGCCGAGAGCUUCUGCCUGAGCGGCGGACGAGCUGCUUCUGACCCACUCAACUGGGGUGUAGCCGCCGAAUCACUAAAGGGCAGCCACUUGGACGAGGUGAAGCGCAUGGUGGAGGAGUUCCGGAAGCCGGUGGUCCGCCUCGGUGGCGAGACCCUCACCAUCUCGCAGGUGGCCGCCAUCGCCGCCCACGACCAAGGUGUGAAGGUGGAGCUGUCGGAGUCGGCCAGGGCCGGCGUUAAGGCCAGCAGUGACUGGGUCAUGGAUAGCAUGAACAAAGGCACCGAUAGCUACGGCGUCACCACCGGCUUCGGCGCCACUUCUCACAGACGAACCAAGCAAGGCGCUGCUCUGCAGAAAGAGCUUAUCAGAUUCUUGAACGCUGGAAUAUUUGGCAACGGCACAGAGUCAUGCCACACUCUGCCACACUCAGCAACCAGAGCGGCCAUGCUGGUCAGAAUCAACACUCUCCUCCAAGGAUACUCCGGCAUCAGAUUCGAGAUCCUGGAAGCCAUCACCAAAUUCCUCAACCACAAUACCACCCCAUGCCUGCCUCUUCGCGGUACAAUCACCGCCUCUGGUGAUCUUGUUCCUCUUUCCUACAUCGCCGGUUUGCUCACCGGCCGACCCAACUCCAAAGCCGUCGGACCCUCAGGUCAACUCCUUACUCCCAAGGAAGCUUUCCAUUUGGCCGGCGUCGAUUCUGACUUCUUCGAAUUACAGCCCAAGGAAGGCCUUGCUCUGGUCAAUGGCACCGCAGUUGGUUCUGGCUUAGCCUCCAUGGUUCUCUUUGAGGCCAACAUUUUGGCCGUCUUGUCUGAAGUUCUAUCGGCAAUUUUUGCUGAAGUUAUGCAAGGGAAGCCCGAAUUUACAGACCAUUUGACACAUAAAUUGAAGCACCAUCCUGGUCAAAUUGAGGCUGCCGCUAUAAUGGAACACAUUCUUGAUGGAAGCUCCUACAUUAAAGCAGCUCAGAAAUUGCAUGAGAUUGAUCCCUUGCAGAAGCCCAAACAAGAUCGCUAUGCGCUUCGAACUUCACCCCAAUGGCUUGGUCCUCUCGUUGAGGUCAUCAGGUUCUCCACCAAAUCCAUCGAGAGGGAGAUCAACUCAGUGAACGACAACCCUUUGAUUGACGUUUCAAGGAACAAGGCCCUGCACGGUGGUAACUUCCAAGGAACCCCGAUCGGAGUGUCCAUGGACAACACUCGUUUGGCUCUCGCAUCUAUAGGGAAGCUCAUGUUCGCUCAGUUUUCUGAGCUGGUCAACGAUUUUUACAACAAUGGGUUGCCUUCAAAUCUCUCUGCGGGUAGAAACCCCAGCUUGGACUAUGGUUUCAAGGGUGCUGAAAUCGCCAUGGCAUCUUACUGCUCUGAGCUUCAAUAUCUUGCGAACCCUGUGACAAGCCACGUCCAAAGUGCCGAGCAACACAAUCAGGACGUGAACUCAUUGGGUCUGAUUUCGUCUCGAAAAACCAAUGAAGCUAUUGAAAUCCUGAAGCUCAUGUCUUCGACAUACCUCAUCGCACUCUGCCAAGCAAUUGACUUGAGGCAUUUGGAGGAGAAUUUGAAGAGCACGGUGAAGAGCACCGUGAGUCAGGUGGCAAAGAGAACUCUCACCACAGGGGUAAACGGAGAACUCCAUCCUUCUAGAUUCUGUGAGAAAGAUCUGCUGAAAGUGGUUGACAGAGAGCACGUAUUUGCCUACAUCGAUGAUCCCACCAGUGCUACACCACAGUGAUGCAGAUGAAAACUGAGGCAAGUUUUGGUGGAUCACGCACUAGAGAACGGCGAUAACGAGAAGGACCUGAGCUCGUCGAUCUUCCAGAAGAUUGCAACUUUCGAGGAGGAAUUGAAGGCUGUGUUGCCAAAGGAGGUAGAGGGUGCAAGACUUGCGUACGAGAACGGCAAUUCACCGGUCCCAGACAAGAUCGAGGAGUGCAGGUCGUACCCACUGUACAAGUUCGUGAGGGAGGAUUUGGGAACUGGGUUACUUACUGGAGAAGACGAGGUCACCAGGUGAAGAGUGUGACAAAGUGUUCACGGCUUUGUGUCAGGGAAAGAUUAUCGAUCCUCUUCUGGAAUGCCUCGGGGACUGGAAUGGAGCUCCUCUUCCAAUCUGUUAGUUUGAAUAUCGUCAGGAUUUACUCUUUGGAAUGUUUUUCCUUGUCACAUAUAUAUAGUCUUUGGUUGUGAAGCAGUCGUAGAAACUAACGGUUUGCCUAGUAAAGGAUAAAGCCUCCGGCAAAUCAAUUUAAAAGACUGCUCGUCUCGCAGAUCCAGGCUUUUGCUGUCAAAAAUAUUGUUAAUGAAAUAUAUUACUAUCUC